ACUAAUGCUGAAAUGCUAAUUCCAAGUACAAUAACUACUCCACGUUUGCACAGCUACGGUGGUGUCUCUGAAAAGAAGUUAACAAAUGCAACUAAAGCAAAGGUCGCCACUACAAGAUACCAUGGUGACGUACACUGCAAUAAGAACGUUUUCAUGCUCCUCAGCCUCAACGACAUCUUGCAUGGCUCCAGCCCCAAUCAAACUGUACGCGUUGGAGAAACAAUUAAAGUUGGAUGCCCUUCUAGCGGAGGAGAUGGGAAUAUUACGUUGACAUGUGAAAAAACCGGGUCAUUUGUUCCAAGCCCUUCAACGCUCAAUUGCACCAGCGAUGUUAGUACUGUUGAAGGCGUAACGACUCCUUUUAACACAAAAGAACUGAAAUCAUGUGAACAAUGCGAUGCCUUUGGAACAGAAACAUGUGAAAAGAAAAAGAGUGGAGUUGCCUGUCAAUGCCGCGAGAACUGGUCUGGGCAAACUUGCUGGCAAGCUGCUGAUCAAUGCGACAUUACCCAUCUCCAGUGCGGUAAACAUGGAGUUUGUCGUUCCGAAGUGGACUAUAUGGAAAAGACCAAGGCAAUGAGAAAGCAGUUCGGAAAUGUUUGUUCAAAAAACCACAACAGAAGUUUCUACAAGAGGGCUAUGGAUACUCAGACCACUUCAUUCACUCGAAUCGCCCAGCGCCAGCCCUGUGUUCCUUGUAGGAUGGGUGUAUGA